AUGACGCUAACGACAUUGCUGAUCCUAGCAGUAUGCUGGACGCGUGUCAUAUAUGAGCUUCGUAAAGGGCAUUGCUUACCAUGGAGUCUCUGUGGCUCAGUGGUAAAGCAUCGGAGCGCGGAAUCCGAAGGUUUGAGGUUCGAUUCCUCGUGGGGAAUUUUUUUCUUUGUCCUACAAUUGUGACUAGACGAAAAACACCUUUCUCUUUUUCUUUACCGAUCUUAAAACUAACCAUCUUUUUACUCUAUUUACAAGGUUUUUUUUUUCAGUACAAAGUAACCAACUUUCGAAGUAACCGUACAAUAUCGAGGGUAAUUUGUACUCGUUGCGCGCGUUAUUUCUUUUUGAUAUUCCAUGUAGUGCUGUUGGAUUAAAAAAACUGCCUUUACUUCGUUUGUCUGGUGUGCAGGGAAAUAAGGCUUUAACACUAAUAAACCAUCCUUAUUCACGUCUUGCAUAUUAUCAAUGUGUCCCUUUCGUCUUUUCUUUCUAGAUCGAGAGGUCGUACUUCGUCAAAUGCUCUCAAGUAGGAUCGCGGACUGUAACAGCAAAGGUAUAAUACUUGAUUAAGCUAUAAUUGUACCUUUAAUCACAAUUCUUUGGGCGUCUAUUUAGAGACCUCAAGUCAAAUUGUCGUGCAAUAGGCAGCCUGCAGAAGAGGCGUUUUUAAGGCGAACGAGGAUUAGAGAAAGGGGAGGAGUGCCUUAUUUUUCCCCGCCUUUCCCUCGUACGUCACUUCCGCUUGCCUCCGUUCGCCAUAUUGUGCAUGUUCUGCGGGUUAUGCGUUUUCGUUCAGUACGUAGUUAAUAGAUCUCUAUACAAUACCUUUAGAUACGUAAUAUUUUUGUAUGUUCUUACUCUCUUAGGAUCGAGUUUCAAGUUAAGAUAUCUUGCAUUCUUUGAAAAGAUUCCUAUCAAUGCUUAAUCCUAGUCAUUUGCUUAUUUUUUUAAUUUAUUUUUUUUUAUGCAGAUUAUCUAUACUGUAGAUGUCCAAGUUGAACCAAAUUCUUCGCCAGUCACCUGUACCUGUGCCAAGGUGAGAUCACUCUUAUGUGUCUUAAAAGUAAAACUACCUCUCAGUAUUUCCACAUUUAAUUUUAAUUCUCGUUCGCUUUGUAAUGUAGUUGCACUUGUGAAUGUGAGUUGCACUUGUAACAUGGAGCGCUUUUCGGUUGACUGUCAUAAAACCAAAACCAAAGCAAUCACAACGGCUAAUCAGAAGAAAGGGAAAUAACUGAAAGAGCCAAUGAGAACUCAAAAGAAAAACAACAAUACCCAAAGGGCGGGAAAACGUGGCUUUAGUAUUGCAUCUGAUUGGUUUAGAAAGUGGCGCGAGUUUUCUGGACCAAUGAUAGAACGCAAGUAAUCUCAGAUUUCUUUCGACACGCAAUUAACAACUCCUCUACCUGGUGAAUACAAAAUCACGACGACUUUUUGCUUUCUUCUUUCUCUACUGUCCUGAUUUAUACCCGCCUUAGGAGGAAAGUGUUGUUAUCAAGGCUGUUAUGCCAUUUGAAAUCUCUUUGUCUCUGACAAAUCUCAAGGUAAGGGAAAAUAGGCAAUAUUGUUUACGAUGUAAUUUUACGUCUCUUGGAAUCGAUCAAACUUGCGCUUUUGGCUAUGUUAGCAAACUUGCUCUCGCUCUUGUCUCAAAUUUUUUUAUUACAUUGAAAUUUAUGGCAUAAAUUAAUGCAUCUAUAAAUCCGUCAAAAAUUUUCGAUCGCGGCAUAACUCUACGAAUAUAAACCUGGUCUGGUGCAUCAAGAAACACUUUCUGACUACCACGCAUCUGAAUGCGGGUGCUGUGGUUUGAAUUGAUGAUUAGCGCUAAGUUAUCUUUUACCACGCGAUGGAAAUUCAAUUGUAAGGUUCCUAUACAAAGUAACGCAGUGUCUAGGCUAGUAAAUGGGGACCACAGGCAGUCAGGAAGGCAACGGCGUAGUAAACGAUGGUUUAAAAAUGAAUUUAUAAUUUCGCGAAUAGCUGAAUGCGCUUACUGCUUCUUGUAGCGCCACACGUCAACCACAGCUUAACGAAUGGAAGCAGCGUUGAGUUCCAAACGGGCGCUUAGACAGUUUGCCAUCGGGGUUUCCGUUCACAGACCACACAAAUUUGGUUGAUUUCAAGUUGUUGUUUUGCAAAAAACGGAUAAGAAAUGUACAAAGUUUUGAAAUGCACGUGCCGAUCAAUUGUUCUGAAAAUUAGAUAUUUUGUUUUGUUUUGCCCUCGUUGUCGUCGUCGUGGUUUGCUUUUGUUUUGUUUUGUUUUGUUUUUUUUUAUGAGGGGGGGGGGGGGGUGGGGGGGUGUAAACCAAAGCAAUGUAAUGAGUUCAAAUCAUUGAUUUGCGUUUAUUCUCAGUUGGAGAGACUGGAUCAGCUGAUCAAAGAAGAACCAUUCCUCUUAUUAGCUGGCAUCAAAUGCACCUCACCUUGGCCUGUUACCAUGGUCACCACUACAUUGAAUAUGGUGAGUUUACAAACAAUUUAUGUUCGCAAAAACUUGGUUUGUCUUGCUUUAGAAAAUAUAGUCGAGAAGAUAACAAGUCAAUGGAGCAGGAGAGCAAGUGCUAAAAGAAAUUGGGUGGGGUGGGGUGGGUCGGAGCGAAAUCUCCGUUUUAGUGGAAAAGUUAAUCUCUGGGUUCACUUAGUAUCCCCUCCCCCGAGUCAAGCUGGGAAUGUAUAUAUACUACAGCUUUCGUGCGUGUGCCGGAACCGCGCGAAAAUAAUAUGUCAUGAAUUAUUUUUCAACCUUCGGAUAAGAUGACAUGUCUCGAAUUGAUCUUCUCAAACUUACUGCUAUUUAACUCCUUGAAGAAAAAGUAGCCUGAGAAAUUCAGGUUUUAUCGAGGAUUGACAAGGAACCUAUAUCUUCUUGAGAAUAGUCGGUUCCUACUUUCAACUGUGCUUCGAAUUAGAAGCAGAAAUUCUGGAGAACUGUUUGUUUGUUUGUUUGUUUGUUUGAUUUAAGUCUCCAGAAGUGAAUAUUGUGGGCGAAGAGAUGGGAUCGCCGCUGCAAGGAAGUAAGGAAUACAUGUCUGUGUAUUACGAGAAUAACCGAUCGGAAUUAGUUAAAGAUGCGUCUACUUGCAUUGCUGUCCCCAAAAAAACUGUGAGAUUCUCGUCGUUAGAGUGGAUUAGGCUUCUUUAUAACUAAUCGCCGAACAUUUGGGGAAACUAGAAAAGGUUGAGCGUUUUUUUGGACCAAUUGAAGGAGGGGGGAAUCAGCAGGGGAAGACAAGAGAAUUUUCCUGAGGAGCUUCAAGGCUUUCAAGGCCCUCUCCUCAUACUAGACAAGGUUGAGCGAUUUUGUAGAUUAAUGGAGAGAGGGGGGGGGGAGAAAUGUGCAUGGGAAUACGAGGAGAAUUUUGUUGAGGUGUUUUCAAGGCCCCUCCUAAUUAAAUACACACCAGACAAGGUUGAGCGAUUUUGUAGUCCAAUGGAGAGAGGGGGGGGAGAUCUGCAUGGGAAUACGAGGAGAUGUUGAGGCGUUUUCAAGGCCCCUCUUAAUUAAAGACAUACCAUACAAAGUUGAGCGAUUUUGUAGAGCAAUGGAGAGAGAGGGGGGAAUCUGCAUGGGAAUACGAGGAGAAUUUUGUUGAGGCGUUUUCAAGGCCCCUCUUAAUUAAAGACAUACCAGACAAGGUUGAGCGAUUUUGUAGAUCAAUGGAGAGAGGGGUAAGAAUUUGCAUGGGAAUACGAGGUGUAUUUUGUUGAGGAGUUUUCAAGGCCCCUUUUCAUAUGAACAUACAGCUUUGCGUUAUGUGUCCUUAUAUGCAAAUUGCGGGUGCAAGAUUUCUUGUGAAAAACUGACAAUUAUUCCCGACUUGCUGGCUGUUUUUUCUUUUUCUCCUUCUAACUUCAUGUAUGGUGGUCCCAGUCUCUUUGCAACAGGGUGAAAGUGCGUCGGAAUGCUACUGCUUGGCUGUUAAAGAGGGUGUCAGUAAACUGAAGGUCGUGAACAUUGGAAGUCUUGCCCUCCAGUGGAGACGGUAAGUUCGUGGUUAACUCGAGGGAGUCUAAGAUAAGUGAGAUAGUUGAAGCAAUUUUCAAUUGAGUACCGAUUGUAAUACCGAACUGCAUUCAAAAUUUGGUCUUGCCUUCCUUUGCUUUGUGAUUGGAGUAGGAAAGUUGCAAAACUCUCUCUCUCUGUCAACCAAUCAUGAAAUGCAAAAUUUAAACCAGUGGCGACUUGGCCAUCCGCGUUUUCCCGCGCUUCAGGCAGUUUGCUUGAUUUUUUUUCUUCGUGCUCUCAUUGGUUCUGAUGAACCAAUUUUAUUACUUUGGAUUUGUAGUUUUUGCCAACACUCAGUGGACCCACUGAUGCCUUUUCAACUGAACCUUAUUUAGGGAAUAUAUAGAAGUCCUUUCGUUUCUUGAUUUAAUCAUUUUACAUUGUUUUAAUUCUUUAGAACUUCUGCGACUGAUAAGUUUCCAGUUGUGGUCACAGAGCUCACUUUCCCUCUGUAACAGUAGAGAGUGUUCCUUUUGCGAUACAGGCAGGUACGUUUCCAGCAAGGUUAAUCAUACGGCAAUAUGCCAAGCGUCAAAAUCAAACUAUACUGGAAAAGGUUUAUUCGUGCUUCUCCACCUUUGUGCAGGCAAAGUCGUCCAGGUGUGAGUUUAUGUUUCAACUACAAGUUCAGUAGUGUUCUUAGCAAAUGCAGUGCAAAUGUAUGAAUUUCAUAUAUCUAAAAUCAUUAUUCAUCACUUGGAUGGUUAAUUUGGACCCAACAUAUUGACCAGCUCCCAGUUGGCUUGUUAACUCAGUUGGUAGAGCGCUGCACUGGUAUUGCAGAGGUCAUGGGUUCAAAUCCCGUACGGGCCUGAAAUUUUUUUCAGGUCCUAUUUUCAACUACUAUUUCAGUAGUGUUGUUAGCUGCGAGGAUCUCUUAAAUUCGUCCAAAUGUGUUACAACUAUCAGUCUUACAGUCCAUUUGGUGAAAUUCCGGGCCAAUUGGCAUAAACACGAUAAAGUCGAUACGGUUUUGCGAAAGCACUCUUACUGCGCGUUUUACAGGGUUUCAAAUUGUUCAAGAGAUGAGGAAACCUCACACGUACUAGGAAAAGCCACUUAUAAAAAACGUGGUUAAACUCAGUGUUAAUAAAUGUAUAGAGGGGGUACGUUUUUAAACAUAAUUUGGUGCUACGUCAGUGGGGUAUUGAACAAUAGUCAUGUUUUAUUAACAAAGUUAAUAAAAGAAAUUGGUCCCUGUAAAGAGUUUCUCAAGCGGACCUCUCGAGCGUCAGCCCUACGUCGAUACUUCAGCUGUAGAAAUCCUUUACGGUGGCCAAUUUACAUUAUCACUUCAGUUGAUAAAACCAAAUUAUCUUUGGAUAUAUGUAUUUGUUAAUGAAUAGAAGAGGAAAGACGGUAAAUUUAAAGCUCCGUAAUAAAGUAAAGAAAGAUAUUUUUUCUUCGUCAUACAAGCGUGGGACAAGGAAAAAGUAAAGCUUGCCAUUCGAGAGCGGAAGUCGAAAUUUUGGGGCUCUAAUCCUCAUGGAGGCACGACCUCGUUACAAGACCAAAAAAAAAAAAUUAUAUAUUGUACCGUUUUUUUCAGAUUUGCCUGCAUACGGCUGUGUACAGAGCCCACUUUUCGUAAGCUAUCUCGUCCGCAAUAGAACGCUUCAAGGUCCAACCAAUGUUUUUAUAAAGGUAAGAAACUUUUUUGUGUCCAAAACGUGAAAAAAUGCAAAUAUGUUACAACGCGUUGGCAGAACAUCGGAUAACGGUCAAUUUGGUUGGUUUUAUUUAUUAACACAAUCAUCAGAAGAUGUUUCUACGCUCUAAUUCGGUUCACUAAAUUAGUUCUAAAUUAUUCAAGUGUUUGACUACCGUAAAGUUUACGAUCCAAAUCGCCAUACUGGCUUCUCGCUGAAAGGCUGUAUCCUUUAACCCUUUCACUCCCAAGAUAUUUUUAUUAACUCUCCUUACUGUCUGUCUUACGAUUCUUUAGAUGUUAGUUCGGAGAAUUUGUUGAUAGAUCAACUGAUAAUCCCCUAGUUGAUUUUUUUAUUCUCAUAACUUGUCUGCUUUAUAUUGUUUUGAUAUUGUGAGGAGAAAUUCUGUCUUAAGUCACUUAUGAGGACUUCCUGACUUGAAAGUGGAUGUGAAUUCUCAGGCCCGGUGGCCGUAUUUGCAACACCUUUACGGCCCUGAAACGGAAAAACAAAACAACAAAAUAAACAGCUGCAGUAACCUUGUUGGAAGGGAUGGCUGUGUAAUGUGUUAUUACACAGCGUGGACCGACUGUCUGAACAAAUUACACAUACCAAAAAUUUAUUAGUUAUCAUUUUUAAAAGUUAGCACGUAGGAUAUCCUUGCGAAAACAGGUCUAGAAGUUUUUAGUACAACUAGCGACUGGAAUACCAGUGAUUAGUCAUAAAAUGGAUUAGUCACAAGUUUUAAAAGUUAGCAUGUAGGAUAUCUAUGCAAAAUCAGGUAUAGAAGUGUUUACCAUAAUCAGAAACUGGAAAUCCAUUGGAAAACUCAUUUAUAACGUGUCUGUUAUCACACAGCCUCGAGGCCGGGAAUUGGAAUCUGAGAAGAAGCCUGGUUACGAGUACUAAAGAUAGCUAAUGGAACAGUGGAGACUGGAGGCAAACUUUCCAGUUAUAGUCACAAUAGGAUUUUAAGCAGCAAAGUGAUGCAGCGGAGAUUUGAACAGCUGUAAACUGCCAGCCACAUGAAGGAAAUUCUUUAGUGGGGGCUUUUGUCCACUGGCUGGUGAAUUGCAGGAUGUUUAAGGCCAAACAACUCUGUGGUUAACAGAUACGCUUACGUGUUUUUGCGCGCAUGUCGUAUCGAUAUCACGUAGAAUCAGUUGCACUACUUCCUUUGGGUGGAUUAAGAAAUUAAGAGUAGUGCUACUACAUAGAACGACGACUUGCCCGGAGAUAUUUGCUCCGUUUGUGAGUUUUCUCUCUUGUUGACUUGGGUGACAUGUUUCCAGUUUUGUUCAUAUUUAACCCUUGAAAUUUCGUAUAGAACGCUUUUCGACAAAGUGUCGUAAAACUGAAAUCAAAGUAAUCCCUACAGCCAAUCAAAAGAAAGAAAAUACUUUGAAGAGCCAAAGAGAAAUCAAAGUGAACACAACCAAACUGUCUAAAGCGCGGGAAAACACGGGCGACCAAGUUGUGGUUGAUUUUAGUUUUGCAUCUGAUUGGUUGAAAGAGAGUGGCCCGAGUUUUCUGGCUCAAUGACAGAGCAGAGCAAAACCAAUGUAAUCUUAGAUUGAAAAUUGCCCUAUGAGUUCAAGAUUUCUUUCGCGUGACGUGGUCGUUGACUUGGGCCAAGCCUGAAUCAAUUAUCACACAGAGAAAUCAAAAGCGAAUGAUUAAACUGUUUAGUUGAACUUCUAAGUUGAACUCGUUCAAAACUUAACAACGAAACAGGCUCAUGAUUUUUUUAGACACCUGGACAGUAUGAGGUUACGUAGUUGCGUAGCGAAUCAGAUUGCAGCAUUUGUGAAUUUCUACU